AUGGCGCUGCAUUGCCUUGAUAUGGGCGUGCCACGAUUCUUGCAAUUCAGCGCUACUCUGGUCUUUUCUGGAGAGGCUGAUCUGAAACAUUUACGCGGAAAUGCGGUGGAAUUGCUGAAAACGUGGCCGUCGCUGCAAGAAAGGGUCAACUUACUGGACGUCAUCCCAGCCACCAAUGGCCGUGAAAGCAAUUCGAAGAACUUCGAUGGUAUCUUUUCCUUUUCCACGGCUUUUAAGUCUAUUGCUCAUCCUCCUGUACUGUCAAUCAGGGCGGUCCUUCUCCGAGAUGGUUGCACUCUGAGAUUCAUAGUGCAACAUCCCUUUUGUGAUGCUGCUGGUCUUUACCAUAUCAUCGAGGCAUACCGUUCUCUCUUGGACGGUAAAUCUAUCAAGUCCAUUACUCCUCGACAGCCGAUUGAGCUGAGCGACAAACUUCCUGCCGGGGAAAUGCAAAGUAAAGAAGCAGGUGAACCAUUGGACUUUGCAAAGUUCCAGGAAGAGUCUAUAGAAGUGGGAUGGCGAGCAUUUGGCAAGGUUUGUAUCAGACAACUUCUGCUGAGUCCAGAGAAACUCGAAAAUGCGAUUCAUAUCCCAGCGUCCAGGAUCGGAUAUCUGCGAGAAAAAGCGGAAGCGGGAGGGAUAAAAGUGACUCCUCAUGAUAUACUCUUGGCUUGUAUUUACAAGUCUUGCACGGCCUCCCCUACCUGGCGGAAAGUUGCAAAAGAUGAAGAAGAAAUGCCGCCUUUCAACGUCGUCCUCAAUAUCAAGAAUUUGUUAAAAGAGAACACACAGCUCCACAAUCCGUUUAUCAACGUCAAUGUUCCACCACCAACAAUUACCGCAACUUCCAAAACUGAAGCCAUCCUCAACCUAGCCGCUCAUAUCCGGUCAACUAUUGUGAAUGCUCGCUCGAAAGAUUGUCUCAGCCGCGUUCUUGACAAACACCAGCGUUUCCAAGGAAAUCCAAUUGGACCUCGAGACCAGGGGUCCAAGUUUCCAACAGUCUUUGUCAGCUCCUGGGCACAUCUACCUCUUUUCGACCUUGAGCUUCAGCUUAGUGCCAGCACGAGGGCACGGUUGUGCUAUAUGGAACCGGAUAUUGCCCCUGCUGAAAUAUUAAGGAGGGUCGGUUGCAAGAAACUUUCUAAUGUACUUGAGACCUGGAAAGAUGGCAAGGGUGGUUUCUGGGUGCAUGGGGCUUUGGAGAAGGAAGUGUGGUCGGAGCUCGAUUACCAUUCGGUUGAAUGUGUUUAGUAUGUCUUACCAUGAGAAAGCUCUACUUUCUUCUCUUUUCAUUCUCUGGGCAUUAGAAUUGCCAAAGUGGUCAUGGUCAGGCGUGAUCAAAUAUAGGGCUUGCUUGUUCGACUGCAAUAAAAUCGCUGGGGAUUGAAAACGC